UCUGGCUCGUGCCUGGGCUCCUGCCGAGCGUGCCUGCGAGGUCUGGAGGGUCGAGCAAGGUUUCUCCUGGUGCUGGGUGGUGCUUUGGUGGCUGCCAUCGGCAGCUCUCAGUGCCCAUCCCAGAACCAUGCCCUGUGUUUCCCCAGCCCUGCCUGGUUCAGGCAGCUGGGCACCGCGGGGUGCGCUUGCAGCAGCGGAGCGCACGACAGCCGCCGCUGCAGCGCCAGCAAGAGGGAGCAGCUCCUUGUCCUCAGCGCUUCCCAGCUCACCUCAGCAUGCAGAGAGCAUGGCCACCGAGAGCGAGUGGAGCUGCCCCAUCUGCUGCGACGAUCAAGACGACAUCGCCUACAUGUCGCCUUGCCUCCACCAGUUUUGCUUAGGCUGUGCACUGCGCUGGGUACAGCAGAAGCCAAACUGCCCCCUGUGCAGGUCGGGGACGACGGCCAUCUUGUUCUCAGUGCGGUCGGAGGAUGAUUUUUUGACAUUGGAUGUCCCAAGCCUCAGAGAGCCAAUGGCUGAAGACCACCAGGAUGAGCAGGGGCCUGCGGGGCUGGUGCCCUGGGCUCAAGUGGGCAGCUUCCCUCCUGCGGUCUGGGCGGACUUUUUCAAGAGCCACCCCAAUAACAUCAGGCCCCUGCUGCCCUGGGUGCGACAUGAGCUCGGGGUGCUCUAUGAGGAGCAGUGGUGGGAGGUGGCUGCCGCGGAGGGGAUCAUUGUGGCCCACCUGUGCCUCUGGGGUCUGGAUGAGGAGGUGUUGGUGCAGAAGCUGCAGAACUGCCUGUCACAACACACGCGGACAUUCGUCCCCCGGCUCAUCACCGCCGCCGUUCGCCUGUGCGGCUGGGCGGUCCGCCAGCACCUGGGCCAGCAGGACCCCCGCGCUGCCGGCGGGGAGGACAACGGCCCUGCAGCCAGCCCCAGCUCCACGGCCUCCCCGGGGUGGACUCCCGCUCCCCACCCGGCCUCCUCCAGCAGCGCUGCAGGCCCCGACGUGGAAGAGGAAGCCAGCACGUCAGAGGCCACCCUCCGCGGGGGUCCCGACAGCCGCCCAUCUGCGCCCGUCCUUGCAGAGCAAGAUCAGCCCCAGGAGGAGCCGGGGGAGGCGGCGGCGGAAAUCCUGCUGCAGCCACGCACCGGCGGCACAACAGAUGCUGAGGGCAGAGCGGGCAGGAGGGGAAGCUGGUUUCGUCACAGGUCCGAUGGGGACCUAACUGGGCAUUACCCGCGGUCCCUGCUGGCAUCCCCUGGUGCCCCCACCCGGUCCCAGUGCCAUGAAGGGCAUCCUGAGCUCUGCCCGGCUGGAAGGAGCAUCCUCGGAGCCCUGGACCCCGCUGUGGGGUGUUGCUGUGGGGACAGCAAGGAGCGGUCCCCCCCAACCCAGGUGUGCCUGAGGGGCUUGGCAGGGGCUUCCUCUCCCAGCUGGGCGCAGCAGGCUGCCACACCUACGGCCGGCCGGAGCACUCCCGCCGGCGGCAGGAGGGGUGUGCAGACGGGGUGGGGGGCUGACAAAGCUCUUCUCCUGGGACAGCUCGCCAUCAUGAAGUGGUGCUAA